GAUUGUUCAAACUUUUUCAUCUUUCUUCUGAAGUGAAGCUUCUUUUAGAAUAAAAACGAGGAGAGGUGGAGCAGCACGGACACACCUGUACCUGAGAUAUUAAGAUGAGCGCAGACUCAGUGGAACAGUCGGAGGCUGCAGCCGAGCAGGCAGGUCACUGCGGUGUUGGAGAGAAGUGCUGCUCAGAAGGCACGUACUGUAUUAGAGCCUAUUCUCUCAUGAAGGCAACAAUGGCUGAAGCAUUUGAGCAAAACAGCAUCAACUUCAGUCGACAAAUAAAGACAGAGAACAUCAACGAUUCACCUCAUUUAACCUCCACACUGAAGACAUGUCACCUGACUCAGAGCUCUGCAGUGCCUGUAGGUCAGAUGCCUGGGGAGCUGACCUCGCUCCACACGAUGCAGCAGCUGGUUCUGAUGCCACCGUCUCACCUGCCGUCUCCCUCCUCGUUCCUGCUCUCACAGAGUCCCACCGGACACCAAGCUGUCCUGCAGCAGAACCUUCUCUCUCUCCCCACCCACAGUCCAAGUGGUCUUCUCCAGCAUCAGCCUGGCCUGGCUCUGACUCCACAGGCCAUGAGCCGCUCAGGUCUGGCAGGACCGUCCAUGGAGACGCACAUGGACAUGUCUCACCUGCAGAUGCCCAAACACAUGUCAGUGCCGUCACAGGAGGAGCCCAGCGACCUGGAGGAGCUGGAACAGUUCGCUAAAGCGUUCAAACAGAGACGCAUCAAACUGGGCUUCACUCAGGGAGACGUGGGCCUUGCCAUGGGGAAACUGUACGGGAACGACUUCAGCCAGACGACCAUCUCUCGCUUUGAGGCUCUCAACCUCAGCUUCAAGAACAUGUGCAAGCUCAAGCCUCUGCUGGAGAAAUGGCUGAGUGACGCAGAGAACUCGCCGUCCGACUCGAUGAGUAACUCGUCCUCUCUGCCGCCGCUGAUGGAGGGAUACGGCCGCAAGAGGAAAAAGAGGACGAGCAUCGAAACCAACAUCAAGCUGACGCUGGAGAAACGCUUCCUCGACAACCCAAAGCCAAACUCUGAGGAGAUCACGCUGAUCUCUGAGCAGCUGUCCAUGGAGAAAGAGGUGGUUCGGGUUUGGUUCUGUAAUCGGCGUCAGAAGGAGAAGAGGAUCUACUCCCCGGUGACCAGUUUACCCGUCAAGUCACAUCACUUUAACUCCAGGAUGGCACCAGCCUCCAGAUCCUACAGCCCUCUGACUUCAGGCGGAGUUUCGUCAAACUCGUCCCCGAACAGCAUGAGCCGUGAAGCGUCUCCUAACAGUCUGUCCAAUGUCUCUGUGUCUCUGAUGUCUCAGGCUAAUCCCACUUCCUACAACACACCCAGCUCCUGGUACCGCACUUGGAAUCCUGCUGCAUAUCAUCACUGAUAGAACAGGUACUCUGUCCCAUGAAGCUUCUUUUUUUUUGUUUUUUUUCCGCCCCGUUAUGAACGGGGAAAACAACCACAGGUUUAAAACGUCAGCACAGAGAGAGAAAGAGAGAGAGAGAGAGAAGGAACAGCCCUGAGCUGUUUGAGUUCUGCUCACGUGACUCUUUCCUCUGCUUAAUUCAGCCGCAAAUAUGAAGAAGAACUCACGGGAAAAGCACCAUGAUGAUGAUGAUGAUGAUGAAGAUAGAGAAGCAUCAUAAACAAUUCUCCACACUCACAGUUCAUCUGCUGAAGAUUGGGAUUCCUUUAUGCUGUUUUUUUUAAUGUUUGUAUUAUUCUAGUGUUGUUGUAUUAGUUUCACUCAAAGCUGCGGACUGCUCGCCUGUCUAAAUAAAUAUGCAGUCACAAGUCUUUUCAUUUCAUCCUUUUAGGUCUUUGAAGGUGCUUUUAUUAGCAGACUUUCACUUAUUUUAGCUCCGAUGACAGUGAACCAGUGAGUCAGGCUGUAUAUUGUGACACUUCUUUGAACUUGCAUCGUCUUCCUCGGCAUGUUUUCGUGGCUGUUUUCUGAUUAACAGUCAGAUAAAUGUGGUUAGUUUUUGUUUUUCUGAGCUUUAAACUCCUCGUGUUUCCUGUGUCCUUCAUGUUUGGCCUUAGUUCAGUUCACGUGGGUCCAGGUGGUGGGGACAAAAACCUGCUCUAAAUGUCGAUAAUGACUCACAUACAGAAAUUCUCCAUGUCGAGGCUGAUUUGUCGAGUAUUAACUGAAUCCAUGACUUCAUCGUUUGUGUCCUGGACGUUAAAUCACAAUUUUUUCACCUUGACUUUCCGAAGGUCCGGCCCGCGGGCCAAUCACGGCCCACAGCUUCAAGUUUAUCAUGUUUUAUUUAUGGCCGUCCAUUUCCUCUCAUGAUAUCUGACUGCAGAUGUUUUUUCAUGUGUUCACUCCUGCGUGGUUUAGAUUUGUUUACGUUGCCAUUUAAAAAUUUAAAUUGUGACAAAUAAAGGUGUGAAGGGAACCUUUGCCCCCCUGAACUCUUCAAAUGUCCAAAUCUGGCUCUCCUUAAACCCCCCUUUGGUCGAAAGAAUACUGAAUACUUUCAAUUACUGUCAAUAUUACUUUUGUGCGAAUAUUUCAAAUCUUGAAUUGGGACUUGAAUAUUACUAAUUGAACAUAUAUAUAUUUAUAUUCUGUUCACCUUUUACAUUUCACAAUGAAUGAAUGAAUGAAUGAAUGAAGAUACAAUUUCUCCUAAAAUUCUAAAUCUGGUUAUUUCGCAAUUUGAAGUCUAAUGUUGAGAAAAGUUCAGCUUCCUGAAAGUUGACUUUAAUACAUUUGUUUUAAUUCUGUGCUGUAACUGCUAAUUCAUCUCUUUAAUCUAGAAGUCAUUUUUUUAAAGGAAAGUUUUAGACACUAAUCCACGAGCAUUUCAUCUGUCACAUGUUUGUCUCUGCAGAGAUUCCAGAUUAUGGAAGUGUUUUUCUUAUUCCUGUAUGUUCUUUGAUAUCCUGUCAUGUCGCAGCUUUCCUGCACUUACUGAUGAUGAUGAUGAUGAUGAUGAAAGUCACUAUUAGAGUUUCUCGUUUUUUAAAAAAGCUCAGGUUAUUUUCUAUGGAAGAGGAUUAAAGCCACAUGUAAAGAAUACAUGUAAAUAACCUAUUUGCAAACAAAGAUAGAAGAUAAAAAAAUAAAAAUAACUAAACAAAACAACCUGACGUCUGAGAUUUUUUUUACUCAGAAUUCUGGGAAACUCCCACGUGGCUCUGAUCCUCUUCCGUAAUUCCAUGUAAAACAUGUAAAGCAGACUUUUCUCAAAGGGAAAUAAAGUCUCCGUCUGUUGUGGUGACUGAGGAUUGUGUAU